AUGCAGGCGGAACAGCAGCAAGCUUCAUCCUCACCAUCCCCGGCCGCCACGCCGCUCCCGAUCCUCUACGCAGAAGACACCCCCUUCUCGGAAUACUCCACCGCAGUCUGGGGCCGCGUCUUCAACGCCCGCCGCGACUUUUCCCGCCGGCCCGCAGCCGUCGUCACCGCCACGCGCAAAGCCCACGUCGUCGAGGCCGUCAAGAUUGCAAACGAAAAAGGGUGGCGCGUGAGCGUUCGCUCGGGAGGGCACUCGUGGGCCGCUUGGUCUGUUCGCGAUGAGGCGCUGCUGAUUGAUUUGGGGAGCAUGGGCAAAGGUGUGGCGGGGAGCGGCAACGAGGACGGGAUCGCGUAUGAUUCCAAGACGGGGGUUAACUGGGGCUGGGCGUGUGAGAAUAUCGUCGCCAUUGAGGUCGUCACUGCCGAUGGGCGGGAGCUCCGGUGCUCUGAGACGGAGAACGCCGACCUCUUUUGGGCCGCGCGCGGCGCCGGACCGGGCUUCCCUGCCAUCGUCAUCCGCUUCCACCUCCGCACACGCCCCCUGACGGGCAUGUUCCAGUCCCUCUACUUUUACUCCCUCGACCGUUUCGAGGAAAUUCUAAACUGGGUGAUCAAGGUCUCCCCAAAGGCAUCCCCAGAACUCGAAAUCGUCCUCCUGGCCCUCACACCGCCAGGCCAAACCACCCCGCAAAUCAUGGCAAACUUCCUCUCCUUCUCCGCGAACCCGGAAGCCCUCAUCCCCCUCCACUCCUCCCACCCGUCCCGGCCCCUCGCCACCGUCUUCGCCACCCCGACGUCCCUCCCGCAGCAGUACGUCGACCAAGACGCCUCCAACCCGCCCGCGCACCGCUACAUUUCCGAAAACGCCUACGUCUCCAACGACGCCGACGUGCCCAAGGUCCUCAAGAAGGCGUUUACCCAGCUGCCCACGCCGCAGUCGUUUGCGCUGUACUUUUCAAUGAACCCUUGCUCUCGGCGCGUGCAGCAGCAGCAACAGGGCGAGACCUCGACCUCGGCUUCGAACGGCACCAGCAACGGUGUGGCUAAGAGCAUGCCCGACAUGGCCCUCAGCAUGCAGUCGGACCACUACUUUGCCCUCUACACAGUCUACCCGGACGCCGAGGACGACGAGCGGUGCCAGGGCUGGGUGAGCGACGUCAUGGCCGGCGUCGAGAGGCACGCGGCGGGCUCGUACCUGGGCGACGCCGACUUCCGGUACCGCAGGACAAAGUUCUGGGGCGACGAGCAGGGCAAGAGGCUGAUGGAGGUGCGCAAGGUGUGGGAUCCCAAGGGGCGGAUCGCGGGCUACUUGGAUACUGAGGAUGGGAGUGGUGUUGAAGGGUUGAAGAAUGAGUUUGAGUGGGCUUGA